AGAAUGAGCACCAGCGCCGGCGAUCGCGGAAGACGUCCGAGCAUAGUUUUGUGCGGCAGCAAAGAUGCUUGGAAUGGAAAUUUCGACCUCAUUUUUCAGGAUGGCUGGUUAUUAACGCUGUGAUAUCAAUGGAUUUGGGUAAUAGCAUCAUACAAGAUAAUCCGUGAACUUGUCUUUCCGGUUACAGAUUUAAAAAAAAAGAGCCACACGAAAUGUUUUUUUUUUAAGCAUAAAAAAGCUCUGACGGAAUCCGGUGCCCCCGUUUUGCGGAGGUCAGACGUUCGCCGCCCAUAAAAUCAGACCGAGACGUAUCUGUUUAAAUAAUGACGAAUUCUUUUUAUGCCGAACCCAAGUUAAAGGCUUACCGAUUUCCCUGAAGUAAAAAUUACUGUCGCACAAUAUGCGUUGUCGACCUUAUUAAAUCUUUGCCAGAAUAAAUUAAGCAUAAAAUUAUUUUUUGAUGUGUGAAAACUCCGUUAAAAAAAUAUGUGUAAUGAAAUUAAAUUGUGGGUAUGGAUAAAGACCUAGCCAAAUGUUUUUAAAUUUAUAAAUGUGCAAAUUGUUCUUGAAAAUGUUGCUAACGAGAUUCAGGCAUCAGUCAAACAUUUUCGCCAGUAUGAUAGGUACUGCUAUAAUCACGGUGGCGUCGGCGCAAUCGAGGAUAGGCACGGUUGGCGCAGGACAGUCCGGCAGAGAGUUAUUAAGUCAAAGCAUCGACCCACAGCAUUGAAAAUUAUCGAAGCAAGGAUUACGGGUAGGUACGAUAUUAUAUAUUCAGGCAACAGGAAAUUCAAUGAAAUCAUUAGCCCCUACUUUUCGACUUGGUGAAUCAACUGUUAGACAAAUUAUUUAAGAGGCUUGUAUAACCAUAUUUGAAAAAUGUCAUCUAAUUUCAUGCCCGUACCGAGAGAAGCAGACUGGAAAUAUAAAGAACAGCUUUUUAGAAGGCAAUGGAACUUUCCAAAUUGCAUUGGGGCACUGAAUGGAAAGAAUGUUGAAGCACCACCGAAUGGCGGUUCCCUUUACUUUUCUUACAAAAAAACGUUUACUAUAGUUUUAUUGGCCUUAGUCGAUGUGGACUACCAUUUUUCAGUCAUCGAUAUUGGUGUCUUCGGUAAAAAUUCUGAUAGCCAAAUACUCAAUAACUCUAAUAUUGGCAAAGCUUCAAUCGAUAGACAGUUAAAUUUGCUAGGUUAUCCUUUAAUACCGGGUACAGACUUAGUGUUACCACGUAGCAUUGUUGUAGACAAGGCCUUUCCUUUAACCAGACAUUUGAUGAGACCAUAUCCAGCGAAUCAGUUGACAAAUGACGAAGACAAGAAAGUUUUUAAUUAUAGACUGAGUAGAGCUAGGCGUGUGAGCGAAAAUGCUUUUGGUCUAUUGGUGAAAAAGCUUAGAGUUUACGAAAGUCGUUUUUCGUUAUUGCCGAAAUAUGUUAAUGGUAUUAUAGUAGCCACUUGUUGUUUGCACAAUUUACUGCGAAAAGACCUUUGCUACUGGUCUGAAGAGGAAGCUCAGAGAAAUGUGGUAACAGAAGCUAUAACAGAUUUUCCAUAUAUUGGAGGCCAUGCAGCACUAGACGCAAUGUGUGACCGAGAUCAAUUUAUCGAUACUUCGUACCUCCAACUAGUACCGUUGAGUAGCAGUCGAGGGUUAUUAGAAGAGGUAUUCGAAGAAACUAAUCUGUUGACACUUUAUUAUUACUUAGUUAUGUUUUUAUUAUUACUUAGUUUCGCUAUGACAUGUCCUCCUUCUUCAAACGAGGCUUGUGGAGUUUAUUAAGCGGUAGGCAGCGGCUUGGCUCUGCCCCUGGCAUUGCUGAAGUCCAUGGGCGACGGUACCCACCGGCCGUAUGCUCGUUUGCCUACAAGGGCAAUAAAAAAAAAAAAAUUUAUUGUCAUAAUUAAUAAAGUAACACCUACUCUAAUACUGAAAGAUAGACUUGUUGUUGGUAUUAGACAGUUUGGUUGCAAUACACAUUUCCUCAAAAUUCUAUCUAAUUAAUUACCUACGUCGUAAGUAAUCACAUUUUUCAUUUAAUGUACCUUAGGAAAUAAAAUAUACUUGUCAGUAUUAC